GAACGAACCACCUCUUCGAUUAUCUCGGUUUCCAAAGCCACGAUGAGAACCAUGGCCUCUGAAACUACCGCCACUCUGGCUGGGACCGCGGUUACCCAUGUUAUUGAAGCCACCACCCCGUCCCCUGCUUCCACCUCUGUUCAUACCCAUUGGGCCACCUCUUCCCCGCCCACCCAUGGCAUUUCCGCCACGACCGCCUCCAAAGCCUCCCCUUGAACCACCUAGAGGUACUUGAUUGGCACCAGGUCCUCCACCCCGACCUCCACCCGGACCUUGAAAGGCGCCAACACCCACACCAACACCUCCACCGAUCGCACCAGAUUGAGCAGGCUGUGUAGGCGGAGCAUGUUGUAUCUGCCCUUGAGAUUGAGCAGGACCGAACCGUUGCCGUUUUGCGGGAGGCAAGUGCUGGGAUGAUUGCUGAUGCAAGUUCUGGUUCCGGUUGUGUUGCUGACGAUUUUGCUGUUGCUGUUGUUGUUGUUGAUGCGGUUGUUGCUGACCAAAGUAAGGCUGAUGCUGUUGCUGGAACUGAGGAGGUGCUUGCACUACAGGCGGUUGAUAUUGCGGUUGGUGCGGAACAUGCUGAGGUGCAGCCUGCGGAAUGUAAGGUUGCUGGUAUGCAACCGUCUGAGGUUGAUACGGAUUAUACGUUGCUUGAGGUGGUGGCGGAGGCGGAGGUUGAGCUACAGGAGGAGGUGGCUGGUAAGGUUGAGCUUGUCUCUGUUGCUGCUGUUGCCAGUUCUGUUGUCCAGGACCAUAGCCGUAGUUUGCAUAAAGAGCUGACUGUUCAGGUGUCGGGCGAGCAGCAGCCUGAGCUGGCUGACCUGCAGACCAUUGAGGAGUAUAUGCAUUGGGCUGAGCUGCCGCUGCAGCAGCCCAGUAAGCAGAAUAGUCUGGUUGUGCUGGCUGAGGAGGAGGAGGACCGGGAGGCAAGGGCGGCUGUUGAGGGGUGUAUGACGAAGGAACAGCGAACGGAUUUUUAUGCAUUCGUGGUCGACUCUACGAGGAUUACUGAGAGACUAGAGUAUACGAGACAGUCGGCUGAGGAGAAAGACAAGUGGUCGCUGCUGUUGCUGCGACGAUGAGAGUUUUGUACAAGGAGCAAGUUGCGCUAUCGACGAGCUGACCGACUCAUCUU